AUGGAAGCUUAUUGGCACCUGACACGCCACUCAGACAGAGAUUGGUACCUUCUGCGCAUGGAUCGACUCUGUAGAGACUGUAUCCAACACAGCGACCUGGUGCUUGCUUCCACUGGCUACCCAGGCACCAGCAGGCCGGACCCCUCGCCGCGUGUGGACGUCUUGCCCGUCUCGACACCCAGAAUCAAUACCCCCAGUGCGCCCCUCGAGGUCAUCCAAACUACAAACAAGACCUGGAAUGGAUGCAAGUUCGCCUGCCCCAAUGAAUCAAAUCGCUUGCAUUGCUCAGGCUGUGCCACACAGCAUUCGGUUCGAGCCUUCUCCAAGGCACAGGCAGAGAGGAGCGACGGAAGCCGUAUCUGUAUCGGUCGGGAAGGAGUUCUCCGGCUAUGCGAGCACCAGCAUAUCAAGUGGCCCGACAUUGAAGCCCACUUUCUUCGACAGCAUAAUCCGGACAAUCGCAGUCAACUAGUCCCAAUAACAUGUCAACUGAUGUGCGAGCACGAGAGACGUAGCACAGGCAACAAACAUGCACCGAGAUACGGGUUUAGGCCACGUCUCACGGUCUCGGGGAACUCGAACAUGCAAUAUGAUAUCGAUUGGUCUUGGACCACCACCACACCCUGA